UCGAGCAGUAAACGUCGCGCGCGCGACUCAACUGUAUACCGCCGGCUCGUUUUCUUAUCUUCCAUUGUAGUAUUAGUUUUUCUUGCGUUUUCAAAUUCAUCCCUUUGCGUGUUUUAACGUUCGAUUUCCCUGAUACAGGUUCAACAAGUUUUUUCUCAUUCGUACGUUAUCAACGAUGGGUUAAAAACAAAAGUUUCAAAGUUGCACGUUCAUUGGUAGACUCGGGUUCGAACAAAUCUUGCUGGCACCGAUGCAAAUCGCACGUGUCGUCUUACGCCAGAAAGAGAUUUCAACGUUACGAUAGAAGACACAGCCCGUAGGAUCGAUGGUUUGUCAACGGUACUUGGAAAAGAAAAAAAGUAUCAUGAGAAACGACCGUACUCGCCUCACGCGGUUACACGUACCGUCCAGACUCCAACAGACGUAGACGUAGACGAGUUUAACGUUUAAUUCAUCCAUCGUUCGCGGGCGACCCAAUUCAGUUCACAGUCGUCAUGUACAUUAGCUCAUGCACGUUUCGACCUGUUUCGCUGUUUCAUCAUUCGUGUUGUACCGCUUUUGUUGCUUUUCGGUAUCAGUCGGUUUUCAUCUUUCGGAUGCUCCUGUGCUUCUCCUGGAGUCUCUCCGCUCGCGAAGCUGCAUAAUUGAACAAUUGCAUAAUUGCGGUCAACCGACAGUCCCAAUUAACGCGGUCUCGGACGAACUUGAAAUAAUUGACGGCAUCAUGAAAAUUCGAUAGUCACCGGCAUCGUUGGGCGUUAGAUUAAUUUGAAAGAAAUGGGCGGGUAACGUUUCUGUGGAGUUCGUACCGAUCACAUUAUUCGAACGACUCGAUAAUUCUUUCAUGAACAAACAAUUCAUUGGAAUAAUAAAGUGAGAACGAGUGGCGCAGGAUGCGCGACGAAAGAACAUUCGCACAUCUUUUCCGAAACGCAAAGGAAGAAACUCGAAGCAUGAAAAUUCAAAGGUAUUAUCGGCGAUGAUUAGAGUUGUCGGUACUUAAAAUCGUAUCGUAUAUCUACGAACAGUGACCACAUCGAGGGAGAAAAAGAAGAUUUCCGAAGGCCACAAAAUCAGAGUCUAAAGAGUUAUCAGGCGAUAAUGUCUUGUCGUUGUAGUCUACUUGACCGUCCGUAAUCUGGUUUUAGUGCCGCUGUAGUAAGAAUCGCGACAGCGAUCCGCGAAUUUGUCGGUCCAUCAUCUCGCGAUACCUAGCGUUCGUUUCCUUCCGUUUCGUUCCGUUUCGUUUCGUUUCGUUUCGUUUCGUUUCGUUUCGUUUCGUUUCGUUUCGUUUCGUUUCGUUCUGUUCCGAUCCGUCAUCGAUCAACCUACCGUCCGAUUCGACAAGAUCGUGGCGAUCGAGUCGCAAAUUUACCGACAACCAGACGGAAGCAAAACAACUGACAGGAAAAAGCCGAUAGAUGAAAUUCAAUGAAAGCCGACGUCAACGUUGCUUUUCCAACGCAGACCUUUUCGACUGUUCUUGACGGAUAGUUUGUCGCCUUGGUCAGCUUCGAUCAAAGUAUGUCGAAGAAACAAUGGAUGGUCCUGCUGAUGCUGUUCUUGACUUACUUAUUGCUAGGUGCCUCCAUCUUUUACCAUAUCGAGAGUCGCCUAGAGAUCGAACGCGUCGAAAAGGCCAAACGCGAACGCAUCGAGAUCAAUGCUUUACUUCACGCGUAUUACGUGCCCAAUCUCAGCCACGACCACGACGAAAUUCUUGGAAAACUGACGCGAUACUGUGGAAAGUCGGUUUACAAUUACACCGCAGACGAAACGGAUCCCUUGAAAUGGGACUUUUACAACAGCUUUUAUUUCGCAUACACCGUGGUCAGUACAAUAGGUUACGGGAAUUUGGCUCCCACGAAUAUGCUGGGUCGAAUCUUGAUGAUAUUUUACGGACUAAUAGGCAUACCUAUCAACGGAAUUUUGCUGACGCAGCUGGGAGAAUUCUUCGGACACGUGUUCGUGAAAGCGCACGAGAAAUACAAGUCGUACAAGAAGAACCAUGCCCGCAACGAUUAUUGUCCCAGGAAACUGACAACGUUCGAAACGAGAAAAGUUGGACUGGCCGCACAAAUAUUCGUCUACUUGACGCCCGGCUUUGUGAUGUUUAUAUUUUUCCCGGCAUUUCUUUUCUCUCAUUACGAAGGUUGGAGCUACGACGAAGCUGUGUAUUACGCUUUCGUUACGUUAACAACCAUCGGUUUCGGGGACUAUGUGGCAGGACAAGACAAUAGCAAAGGUAGUGGGAUUUUUUUCAUUUUAUACAAGACCUUUCUAAUUUGCUGGAUUUCUUUCGGACUGGGAUACAUCGUUAUGAUAAUGACUUUUAUCGCCCGAGGUAUGCGCAGCAAGAAGAUUACGAGAAUCGAACAUAAGCUGGCGACAAAUUUAAAACACACGCAAAGUAAGAUCUGGAACGAAUUCAAUAAAGAGAUCAAUUAUUUGCGCCGCGUUUUCAACGAACUUCAGCUGUCCAAGGUCAAGAGGGUGUACGUUGACGAAUGUCAUUACGAAGUCCCACGUGCAAACUUCCCGCGAAGCAACAGCUUCCCGGAUCUUCGAGACGUGUUGCACGGUGAAAAAGGAUACGAAUGUUUCGUCCGUCAAAGACCUCGACGUCGCGCGAACAGCGAAGUAGUACCAAAGGAAGAUCAACUGGGGCGCGUCGUCUCCGAGACGGAUCUCCAAAGGAUAGACAAAACGGCGACGUUCGCGAGCCACGCGAUGGUUCAACCGGCCGAACUACUCGCGCGAUUGGUCAACAUACUCGGCUAUAUGCCUCCGGCUAUCGACGACAUCGGUGGCGAUUGCUCGAAUCAGACGACCUUCGUUCAACAGGAUGCACGGCGCAACAGCAGAAUCGACGACGAAAUUCGGCAGAAAGUCCCGAACGACAUUUCGGAGAAGGAAUCGACACACGCGCGCGGCUCCGGCCCCGGCGGUUGGACGAUUGGCCCGAGCGACCGAAUUCCACGAUUUCCGAGGCUUCGCUCGAGAGCAACCAGCGAGAUCAGACUCCACGAGACUAAAAAGAACGAGGAUCGUCACGCGGAGUGGACUUGGUCCGGUGCAACGGCCUCCAAAACCAUUCAGGAAUUGAUGAAAGCGCGAGCGUACGAAUCGUCGACCAAGGAAUCGUCGGCCAAGGAUCGAGCUGCCGCCAAGGAACAGAAAUUUUCGACGAAACUUCGUUCCUUCUCGUUGGCGAAAUCCGUUCCGAAAGCGCUAAUCUCCUCUGGACCUUGGAAACACCGUUUCUCCAUUAGCACAGAGAAGAAAAAUUCCGAUUCGGAGCGCAACGGCAACAGCAAGGACCUUGAGGCGUCCUUCGUGCCGCGCGAAACGUCCUCCACGAGGCGAGACUCGGACGUGAACUACGCUUCGAGAAGAAACUACUACACGCACACCGGUGCCCCCAAUAAUCAUUCGGAGAGGGAAAGUAGCAAUCUGCUCGAGGAAACCAGCUUGGCCGAUUUCGUUAGAGCUCUCUCGUUUUUACACGCGAGCGUAGCUACCACUGGUAAUUGGGCAGCAGCGGCAGCAACGCCGACCGCCGAGGAUCGCCUUCACGAAACUCGACCGCGCCGGAAAAUGGGCACCGCUUCUCUGUCACCGCCGAAACUUCCUAGUCUCUUCACGUUGUUCUCGUCGAACCCGGUUCCAUCUGCCACGGCUCAAGCCAACAAUCGACCCGUAACCACACAGCCCAGUUGUCGAGACACGCGGAGGGGCAGUCUCGCUUUCGGCGGUUCCACGGUCCAGAAAUCGCGGCGCUUUUCUCUGAGACCGGUCGCGACGCCCAUCAGUCCUCCAACGCCGCCAAGGAGCGGUUCGCCCUUCUUACCGGAGUCGCGGCGGACGUCGUACGAAAAUAAAUCGAGCUUUUUAUCCGAGUCGCCCAAGGAACCGCUCAUUCGUACGGAAGACGGGCCAGGUUUCUCGCCGCCAAUGGUACCGCCAUCCGCGCUCAACAACGCUCGCCGUUUCUCCUUGCGUCCGAUUCAAAAUCGGAUUGGCGGCACUUCAACGGAGGAGACUGCUGCGAGCGUUGCGACUACGCUGAAAGCUGUACCCCGUUGGAAAUCCGGUAUGCUGCAGCGACAGAUCGGUCAAAAGAACCUUCGACGUCGCGUCAGGGCCUUCAGCCUCAGCGACGUUCACGUUGACGACGUUCGGGAGAAAGUCGAGGAAACCAAGUCAUCGUCCGCUACUCGCGAGAGAAGCGAUUCCGAGACUGUUGACGAAAGCACGUCGUCGCGGCGAGAAAGGUCGACCGGCGGUGACCAACUAUUUGUUACGCCUACCGAGCACGAUCAUCGCGAUCGGCACGUAUCGUCGAUCGAACCGACGAACGAACGGUACACGCCUUUUUCACGAGUUGCUUCUACGACUACUCGGCUCGACGACAAAACAGUUCGAAUCGCCGAUCCGUGCUCACGGUUGAUCGAUCGGUACACGGCUUCGAACGAGUCGCCGCUUUGUCAGCAAAAAAUCGAGAGUACAAGGGACAGAGAACGCGAUCGCUUUGUUCCCGUACAAUCGGUUACAUUCGGUAGCUUUCAAAAUGCCACCGUUAAUCCGCCGAUUAAUCUGGAUCGCAAACAGGCGCCGCUUGUCGCCACCACCGACGCGACGUCGCAACAUCCGCUGGAACAAGUUAAAAUAGAAACUCCUCCAACGACCACUACUACCUUUCACAGCUCAUUCCCAAACACUAACGCCAAUACUCUGUCAGACAACUUUCUUCGUCUUACAGAAGUAAAGACGGAAGAACAGGCGUCUCGAUCGUACCGUGAUCGUAAAUUCUGAUGCUAAACCGCACCACCUACACUAUUCCAAUUUUUCCUCUUCGUUUUACGCGAUCAAAAUCCCGAUCAUUAACCGUCUGUUGCGUUAGUUGCCAGUCAAGAAGAAAUCAGAUACGAAAAAAGGCGAAAGCGAACGGAACGGAACGGAACAAUGCAUUCUCGAUAUUCGCGUCACGCCUCGUUUCAUCGCGCAGGUAUCGGGGUUCCAGAAAAGAGAACGUACGUCCCGGUAAGACGAUUUCUGAAGCAACUUCAACUUUAUUCGGCCAUUCAAUGCAAUAAAUUACAUAAGAAAGUUUCAUUUACACAGGAACACAAGUUUGUCUUCCCUUUCUUCGGUGUGUGUGUUCAAACGAGAUAUCAAAGUGCGGAUUAAUAAAGAAAAGAAGCAUUUGAAUUUCAUGGGAAGUUUCACAAGAUUUCUAUCCGAUAUGAAAUUGUUUAAUUCCGCCUAGUGUCGGAGUAACGUCUACUAUAUUUCCUAGUAACUUAUAAAUUUUCCAGUCUUUUCCUCAGUUCAUCGACCAAAGAUGCUCUGGGCACUGAUACCUCUGCACGGGACGCAACGUCUCUCAAAGUCACUUCGCCUCUGGCCAAUUCCCCUUCACCGAUUAUUACGGCCAACGGAAUACCAUUCUCUUCGCAGUGUUGCAACUGUACAAGUAGUUUCGCGUUCUUUUUAUACGAGUGCUCGGCUUUCAGUCCACUGUUCCAAAGA